CUCAUCGUCGUGUAUGGCGUCAUGGUGUUGUGGUUCGGGAUUGUCAUCUAUGCGUACGGUCACUUCACUAGAUGUGACCCAUUUACGGUAAGAACGAUCACGGUGGCUCAAGUGGUGGAGGGAGUGUUGACUUUCAUCCAUGUAACACUUGUGUUGAGUUGCGUCCGCUUGUCACGUGGUUAGUGUACGCUUUCACGCGUUAAUAAUGACGUAAGACCAGUGGCGUAGCUAGGGUUGGGUGCCACCCGAAGUGGGCCGGUAAUCUUGCCACCCCCCUUGAAUAUAAAGAAACAAUGUGGCCCCCGCCUCCCCCGGGGGCGGACCGUACCCUCCGCUCACCCCCUUCCUACGCCACUGUGUAAAGCAAUGCAAUCUUUUGAAUACGCCACCGUGUAAAGCAAUGCAAUCUUUUGAAUACGCCACCGUGUAAAGCAAUGCAAUCUUUUGAAUACGCCACCGUGUAAAGCAAUGCAAUCUUUUGAAUAAAAGACAUCUCUUUUAAAACUUCUUAUUUUAUUAUAUACCAGUAAUUAAAAAAUGUGUUUAAUUUGUAAACUGUUAAGUAAAUUAAAUAUUUCCUUAUUUCUGAACUGAUGGUCAGACACGAGAAUUUAAAAAAAAAUUAUAUGUAUAAAAAGAUAUGAUAAAAACGAUUGAAAUAUUUACGAGACUAAAGAUCGGAAUUUCGCUAUAAAUAGAAGGCCAUGGCCAUGACCAUACUUGAUUUAUAUUUAAAAAGUCUUGAAAUCUGACAGCCAUGAAUGCUUUAUUUUGAAAAGUCUUGGAAAACUGACAGCCUUAAAUGGUUUAUGCUGAAAAGUCUUCACAAACUGGCAGCCAUAAAUAAAUGCUUUACGUUGAAACGUCUUGACAAACUGGCAGCCUUAAAUGCUUUAUGUUGUAAAAGUCUUGGAAAAAUUAAAAUAAAAUUGUAAAAAUUGAUAUGUAAAAUUGAGGGGGAUAAACACUUUAUAAUUCCAUUUCCUCAUUUUCAUAGGCCGGGCUCAUCUCUAACAGAAACCAGCUACCGCCCUAUUUCGUUCUGUCUGCGAUGAGCACCUUACCUGGAGUCUCAGGUCUCUACAUGGCAGCGCUUUUUAGUAGUGCUUUGAGUACUAUAUCAUCAGGUAAAUUAUACAUGUGGAAUAGUACUAUAUCAUCAGGUACCUUAUACACGUGGCAUGAUACUAUAUCAUCAGGUAACUUAUACGCGAGGAAUGGUACUAUAUCAUCAGGUAACUCAUACAUUUGGCAUGGUACUAUACCAUCAGGUAACUCAUACAUUUGGCAUGGUACUAUACCAUCAGGUAAGUUAUACAUGUGGCACGGUACUAUAUCAUCAGGUCACUCAUACAUGUGGCAUGGUACUAUAUCAUCAGGUAAGUUAUACAUGUGACACGGUACUAUAUCAUCAGGUAAGUUAUACAUUUGGCACGGUACUAUAUCAUCAGGUCACUCAUACAUGUGGCAUGGUACUAUAUCAUCAGGUAAGUUAUACAUGUGGCACGGUACUAUAUCAGCGGGUAACUCAUACAUGUGGCAUGGUACUAUAUCAUCAGGUAAGUUAUACAUGUGUCAUAGUACUAUAUCAUCAGGUAAGUUAUACAUGUGACAUAGUACCAUUUAAUAGGAAUACUGUAAAACACGCUGUUACGUACAGUUUAAUAAAUUGAAUCUGUUUCAAGAUUUGGCUACUUACACGAGCAAUCCCGCGACCCCUGUGUAAGGGUCAUUCGACCCCAAAAGGGGUUGCGACCGACAGUUUGAGUACCGCUGUUCUAGUAAGUUCAAGAGAUGAGAUAUGUAUAGCAAGCCCCUUGUAUAAUGCAGUAAAUCAUGCGUGAUACAUUUCGCCACGAUACUAUGUGAAUAUGUGAAUACUUUAAAUAAACUGCAAACUAAGGGCCUAACACGUAAAUUGUACCCCAAAAAGCUGGCAAGUAAUAUAAUGUUGUUAUUGGCCCUUACGGUGAUUGACUUAGUGUCUGAAAUAUUCCAGUACCAAUCGUUUAUUAUGGUGCAACGUGGGACAAUGAAGGUGGGGGAAAAAAUGGCUCUCAAUCCUACAAAAACUAUAACUCACUAUAUUUUAAAAUGAAUGCAUAAAUCGUCAUCGACUUUAAAAAUGAUUCUUUCUUCUCCCAGGGAUUAACUCUCUCGCUGCCAAUACCGUGGAGGACAUCGUGAAGAGGCUUUUGAGGGGGCAGAUCGAAAGAACCAUCACAUUGAUUACCAAGAUCUUUGUGGCCGUCUAUGGGCUUCUCAUCAUCGCGCUGGCCUUCGCGGCCAGUUUCCUGGACGGGCCCGUCACACAGAUGGUCAUGGGCGUAGCCGGUGCGUGUGGCAGCCCCGUCGUCGGGAUAUUUCUCUUGGGGGCCCUCGUCCCCAGCGCCAACAAAUUCGGCGCCAUCACCGGUGGCGUGGUGGCACUAGCGGUCAAUGUCUACAUCGUCAUCGGCAAUCAGAUGUACGGGAGGAAAUAUAAACCACUGCCGCUGCCGCCCACAGAUAUGUGCAACGUAAACUCGACGCAUUCAACAAUCUCAAUGGACUUAACAACGCCUAGUACAUUUUCAUCAUCGAUCGCUGCCAUGACAACCCCACAAGCGUCAGUCGGGUCUAAGGACAGCUUCGGCUUCUUCCUGUACGACAUCUCUUACGUGUGGUACAGCUGCAUUGGAAUUGUCUUGAGUUUCCUUGUUGGACUUUUUGUAACGCUGUGCACCAGGCGAUUCGUCGCGCCACCAACCAAAGACCCGGAACUACUUUUUUCAUGC